GUUCUCCGCGGUUCCUGGUAUGUGGCUUACAAGCCAACAUCGCCAGUAACUCACUCACUAUACUGAGACUACACUCCAGCAUGGGCUGGGUCGGGGUCGCCACACUCAUUGCAACAGCAUGCUUCUUGCUGUGCCGCUAUCCCCCCGGAACCUGGGCUCCUGAGCCCCCGGCAUCCAAACCACUCCCGAAACCCGUCAAACCCCCUGCGACAGAGGAGACACCAGUCAAAGGCGAAGCAAAGCCCCCUAACGAUGAAGAUGAUGCUGCGAGCGACACCCAGGCCACUCCCAAGGCAGUUCCAUCCAGCGCCCCUGCGCUAGAAGUACCCUCUUUUCGACUCGACGACAGCGCCGAUCAAUCCCGCCCCUCAGUACCGCAAAUCCAGACCAGCGCUCAAACUCAAACCACGAUGAAACCACCAUCUCAACCCCUAACUCAGACGAAGAUGGCAGACAGCACUCUUAUGCCUCCCCCACCCCCACCACAGCAAUCGAACCCCGCAAAGAGCUCCUCCCUUAUGCCUCCUCCGGCCCCGCCGCGUCUCCGUCCGAUCGCAUCGCAGACUACUUCUGCGCCCUCCCUCGCACCGGGGCGAUAUCCCCCACGCCCGAAUAAUACCACGAGCUCGAGCUCAUUGCGCCCACCACCCUCCGCUGCUGCUUCCCUGCGCGUCCCGCCGAGCAGCGGCCUCUCGAGCAGCACGCUCGCCCCGACGAAGGUGACCGCCAAACCAUCUAGCUCUUCGAAACGAGCGGUCCUCGAACCGGGAUACUCGCCGUUAGACUGGGCUGCGUUGACGUCCAACCCGAACAACAAGUUGCGGGGAGAGAACCUCCCUCCGACACUGAUCCGAGUAACGCCUUCGAUGCUGAAAGCACAGAACGGCCGGAAAGGCAUGGACGCAUGGACAUCAUACCAGGGGAAAGUCUACAACAUCACACCGUACCUCCCCUUUCACCCCGGCGGCCGGGGAGAGCUUCUCCGCGGCGCGGGCAAAGAUUCAGGGAAGUUGUUCUUCGAGAUCCACCCCUGGGUGAACUGGGACGCUAUACUGGGAGAAUGUCUCGUGGGGAUACUCGUCUCCGAGAACGAUGAGUCAGAUAAUAAGCUAGAUGCGAUGGAUUAAUCCCUGUAUACAUAGACUCAUGCUGUUGAUCCGUGUACCUAUUCUACACUUUAGAAGAUGAUACCCUAGACGAUACAAAUAGAACAGAAUCGUCAUAUCGUUAUACCAUACCACCCACCAAUACCCAUAGAAGAAUGAUAAGAAAGAAAAAGGAAGAGAAGAUUACAACUCAUCCUUCUUAACCCCUUGAA